CGUCGAGCACGAACUUUCCGGAGAGCGGCUUGGCUUCCAUCGGAAGCCCUCAUUUAAAAUGCCACCCUUCUUUCUUGGGUUUUUAUCGUCCUUAAUCCUGGUUAUCCGGGCCGACCCCUGUCCGUGUGAGAGAGAAGAGUUAUGCCAACAGAUACGCGACGAGCGAGAUUUCGAGGUGUUUGUGUUCGACGUGGGCGGGAAGACAUGGAAGUCGUACAACUGGAGCGUGGUGACGACAGUGGCCACAUUUGGGAAAUACGACCCGGAACUUAUGUGUCAUGCUCAUUCUAAAGGAGCACGGGUAGUACUCAAAGGUGACAUUCGCCUCGCUUACAUUGUGGACCAAAACAACAGGACAGGUUGGAUAACGGAGAAGGUCAACUUGGCCAAAAGUCAGUUCAUGGAUGGGAUCAAUAUUGACAUUGAACAAGCAGUAGAAGAAGGCUCGUCCGAGUACUUUGCUCUGGCAGACCUGGUCAAAGAAACCACUGAGGCUUUCCACAAGGAGAUCCCUGGUUCUCAGGUGUCAUUUGAUGUUGCCUGGUCGCCCGAAUGUAUCGACAAGCGCUGCUACGACUACAUCGCCAUCGCUGAGUCCUGCGAUUUGCUCUUUGUGAUGUCCUAUGAUGAGCAGAGUCAGAUACUGGGAGACUGUAUCGCCAUGGCCAAUGCCCCCAUCACUCAAACUCUUAACGCCUAUGAUCAGUAUUUGAAUUUGAAGAUAGCGCCACAGAAGUUAGUGAUGGGUGUGCCGUGGUAUGGCUAUGACUACCCUUGUCUCAACUUCACACAGGAUAACAUCUGUUCUAUCGCCAAAGUGCCGUUCCGUGGCGCUCUGUGUAGCGAUGCUGCUGGAAAACAGAAAGCGUACAACUGGAUCAUGAAACAGGUCAGCAGCUCAUUGUCAGGCCGCCUGUGGGACGCCGUACAGCAGGCGCCUUACUUCAAUUACAAGGACCCGGAAGGACAGAUUCACCAGGUCUGGUAUGACGACCCAGAGAGUAUUUGCCUCAAGACGGACUUUGUAAAAGCUAAAGGUUUGAGAGGAGUGGGCAUGUGGAAUGGCAACAUCUUGGACUACAGCGACGAUCCGGUUGCUAGGCAGCAGAGCGCAAUGAUGUGGAAUGCUCUCUUUGGAUGCUAGCUGGCCUAAAGUUUACAGCCUCUUGACAUUUACGGCUGCAUUGUUGUUGCUAAGUCAACGAGUCCCUUUGUGACGAUAACAUUGUUCCAGUUCACAGAGGCAUACAUCCGCUUCAGACUUUGUUGCUUUAAUGAUGCUGCUACCUUUCAAUGCAGUUUCGUCUCCGACAUUCCACGGGGCUGUAGAAGUCCACUGUUAUUCACUUUUUGUAUUGUGCUUUGUAUUAACGACCGCUAUUGAACUCACUGAGAUCCGCGUACUAGCCUGCCUUUUACACACAGUAUCCAAUAAAAGUAUGAUAUGACAGAA